GGAAUAGAAGACGACUACAGCCAACUGAUAGAGAGACUAGUGGGAGCCAGAACAAGAUGUCUUUCCUACAUCUGCUGCUUCUCAUUUUCUCUUUAAAAUUUUCCUCAGCCAUAGAACGUGAUACUUCGAAUUUGGUUCCAACCAUACAACCAAAUGACAUUGUGCUUCAAUUUCGAUCCAACGGCUCGGUGGACGAAAGGAUCAUUAAUCUAGAGGCGAAUUCCUAUGUCAGGAUCCGGUCGAUCAAUGUGCCAAAAAGUGUGGCUUUUGCUGUGGUCCAAGCCCACUCUCAGGUCCACAGGAUCUCCAUGUCUCAAGCGAGGAAAUUUGAUGUAGGAAACCAUGUCAAUGGCACAUCAAUCGGUAUUUUAGUCGAUACUAGCAGCAGCAACUCUGGCGUGAUGGCCUACCUCAUCAAUACUCAGCCUGUCAACAUCACGGUUUUGGCAUUCAUCCUGUACUACGACCGCAGUGCUCCCAUUCCUGGAGGAUGUAACCUUGAAUUUGAAAUGCCGGUAUCCCCUUGGUUAAGAGUAUCCUACAACCAGAGCAUGGUGAAUGUUGAUCACGAGCUGGCUGCUCUGCCACCCAAUCAGGGGGAUGUCUUCCCCUGUGAAUCAGAAUCACUGCUAUACGAAGUCUACCAUUACUACCUCGCCCAACGUGACUUUACCGAGGAUUCCUUUUUCAAUGCCAUUCGUCUACUCAGAACAGUCAAUGGUGCUAAGGAAUUCGGGACAGAGAUUCGUUCAUUUGGUUUCACGCCAACUACGCGUUCACGGUUCAGUUUAUAUCCGGGCUUGGGACAAGUUUUUGUCGUCACCGUGACGCACUUGGGGGAAGCUAGUCGUUACGCUCCUGCCUCUGCAUAUAUCCCGUCCGUCACCUACGGAUGCGACCUAAGCGUAGAAGGCGAUUGCCAGACGUUGAGCUCAACUUAUGUUAAAGUACUAUGUGCCUUUAGCCUCUUCUUGGGCUUGUUUAUUGCGUUUGCUGGCCACCGUUACUUCCAGCUAGAAAUGAUCCUAGCGGGAUUCAUUGCCUUCUCAGCAGUUUCCUACAUUAUUUUGGUCAAUCAUUUCGAUCCAAACGUCGCAGGUUUGGCUGCUGGAACGUCGGUGAUGGGUCUUCUCGGUGGACUUUUGUGGUGGUUCGUCUGGUGGUUCUGGGGCAUUCCGGCUCUCUCUGUUCUGCCAGUGGUGUUUAUGCUGGGCUUCUUGAUGUCUUCCGUCCUCUUCUACCUGCCCAUCAGCUUUGAAUUUCUCACCAACGACUUCAAUUUCUGGUCGGCCUUUUGCUGCUGCUGGCUGGUCUUGCCCGUCAUUUUCGUUACUUUCACUCGAAUGGGAAACAUCGUGAGCUGCGCUGUGCUGGGCAGCUAUGCCGUGAUAGUGCCAAUCGAUCACUACAUCGGCAGCAGCUUGAAGUACAUCGUCAUCAACGUCGUUCGACGCGCCACUGUCUUUGGAUUCGGUCGCGCCGUUCUCGAUCCGCCCUACCAGGAUAACGAUUUAAUCUUGAGCCUGGCGUGGAUCGGACUGAUCAUCAGCGGCGCUACUUUCCAGUACCUGCGUGAACGUCGACGGCCACCCUUCUCACCGCCUGCCGAUAUCUGGCGCCCGCUGAGAUGGACCGUACUCAGAGGAACGUCCAAUUCCAGAGCCGAGCAGACUCCCCUGAUUGUGAGUCCCGACUCUGGCGUGGCUCAUUACGGCACCGCAUAAGUUCCCGACGCUGAUUCUUUCCUCUCCCCCAUAGUUCAGCAGCAACCUGUCUACUUAUUCCCCCCCCCCCUUCCACCAGGACCCUGUUGAAAGUCACUCAAUCGUCAAAUGUCCUGAAAGAGUCUGUCUGCACAUUUCUUCUUUCCCCCCUCUCGUAAUGUUAUGUGGGAAAUCGUUUUGCCGUGUGUAACGACGACGCUUCGAUGCAAAAUGUUGCCUUUUUCUAUCUCCCCCCCCCUAUAUUUCCGGGGGACCUUUUUUCUCUACCUCAAUCACGUGCAUUGCAGUGGUAAUUUGAAUAUUCUGUAGGCCUCACAUAAUAUCUUCUAACUGAACAAAUUGAAUAUAUAGAAGUUGAUAAAUAAUAUACUGAUGUACAUUCGA